AUGGAAUAUAUAAAAAAAAAGGCUUAACCUUAUUUAAUAUUUGGAUUAAUAGAAUAAAAAAUAAAUCAAAAUGCUGUUUUUCGAUAUAAGGAUCCAUUAAUUAAAAUUUUUUAAUAAUUAUAGUUCAAAAAUUCGUAAAAGCUAGCAUUAUUAAUUUUGGAGGUGUUUUAUAAGAAAUAAAGCCUAAUAAAGAAUCUCCAAAAAGAUUAUUAAAAAGCAUUAACAGGUAUAAUUGACUAUUUUAUACAAGAAAUGGUUAUGAGAUAGUUGAGGUAGUAUUAUGGAUUGUGA